GAAAAAAUGCACUUCAGCACAUAUCUCAGCCAGGUGCAUCCAGAGGAGACAGGCAGAGAGAGAGAGAGAGUCAGAUCUUCAAUUAGAAGCUGGAGAUGAGGUCAGCAGUGUGUGUGAUCGCUCUGGGCGUGCUGCUGUCCAGAGUGUAUGGGUUCGUGCCGGUCGGGGGUGGAGGUAACACACAUGUGACCAUCACCGGAGAUGCUGUGAUGAAAAAAAUCCACGAAGUGUGUAAAGCAGUGGCUGAGUCAGAGGGGAGAGAGUUCAAGCCCACGGGUUCUUCAGCAGAGGAGCUGCUGCGGGCAUGUCUCGGUACAGCCACUGGUGAGGUAUCCGCAGCCAAGUUCCGUGAAGCCCUGAAUCAGAUCUACAUGCAGAACAGCAUGGUGGACCGAGACUUCAUGGCCAGCGACCGGCAUCACUUCAACAGUGAGACUUUCAAUGAAGGACGAGCUCUAAUUACACAGGGCAUGACCGCCAUUAAAGCUAACAUCCGCAGUGGCAACUUCCAGGCUGCAAGAGAAACACUGGGCCGAGCCCUACACACUCUUCAGGACUUUUACAGCCACAGUAACUGGGUUGAGUUGGGAAACAAAAAGCCGUAUCCCAACCUUAUCAGACCUGACCUCACCAUCAGCAACAUCGCAGAUGUGAACACGCCAACCUGCAGUGACUGUGCCAGCGGUACAUGCUCGAACCCGCUCCUGCCUGCCAUUCUGAAUGAGAAGAAACUCACAUCUGGAUACAUGGGCCUGUUUUCUAACAACAAACCUCAAGGUAAAUGCAGUCACGGCGGGGAUGCUGACCUCAGCAGUACCCAGAAUCCUCGAGGUGGAAUCAAUAAAGAUGAACGGAAGCCCCAUAACGCAGACUUCCACAACACAGCUGUCGCAAUAGCGACCGAGGCCACACUCCAGCUGCUGGAGGACAUUCGUGGAGCAGCAGGAAAUAAAGACUAUCUGAGGUUAAUGGGCAUCGCUCGCUCUGCUGUUCUGUGCUUUGUGAUUGACACAACAGGAAGCAUGGCUGACGACAUCGCUGAGGCUAAACGAGUUGCACACAACAUCAUUGACAGCAAGAAAGGCACUCAAGAUGAGCCGUCAGAGUACAUCCUGGUCCCGUUCAACGAUCCAAAGUUUGGACCACUUAUACGGACCACCAACCCAGAUGUGAUGAAGGCAGAGAUUGCGAAGCUUGAUGCGAGUGGGGGUGGAGAUAUUCCAGAGAUGUGUCUGUCUGGACUGCAGCUGGCUCUGACGGGAGCUCCUGCCUCCUCUCAGAUCUAUGUUUUUACUGAUGCUCCAGCUAAAGACACACAUUUAGAAAAAACCAUCAUCGCCCUCAUUCGCAGCACUAAGUCUACAGUGUCCUUCUUCAUGACGCCAACCAAGAGAUCAACCAGAUCAGUGAGCUCUGAGCCGCGCUCUGUUUUUCAGCUCUAUUAUGACUUGGCUUUGGCCUCUGGAGGUCAGGCCAUACAGGUGUCCAAGGCUGAACUGCCCAGCGCCACUGAUAUUAUUGUUGACACUUCUACAUCCGCUCUGGUGACGAUUCUGCAGCGGGCCAGGAACCCGGGCAGAGUGGAGAUUUUCCCCUUCCUCCUGGAUGCAUCUGUGUCUAAUAUCACUGCUUACAUCACAGGAGAUUCACUCAGAUUCACUCUAAAAAGCCCAUCAGGUGUGUCUCAGUCUCACACAGUCAGUAAUGGACCACUGGCUGUGAUUCAGACUGUGGGGAACCUACGUCGCGUUCAUUUCACUUCUCCUAUAGAGACUGGCCUGUGGAACAUCAGCGUAGAGUCCACGGCGUCCUACACCAUCAAAGUCAUGGGUCAAAGUCCGAAUACAUUCAUUUACAACUUUGUGGAGGAAUUUAAAGGACCUCACCCAGGGUUUGCUGUGAUCGAGGGUCGCCCUCAGACAGGUUUACCUGCUAAGCUGCUGCUGACAGUAACAGGGCAGAAGGGUGCGGACUCUCUGAAGGUGCAGGAGGUCGCUCUGGUGGAGGUGUCAGGGAGCAGAGUGUCAGAUGGAAAGAUUCAGGAGAUGGGAGGCGGGGACUUCCUGGUCACUGUGAGUGAAGUACCAGCAGGAGAAUUCGUGGUCAUGAUGAAAGGAGAGGAGAAGGCGUCCUCCAGCAGAUUCCAAAGACAGAGCACCACUCAGAUGUCUCUGGCUAAAGUCACUAUCAAGGCUACAGUAGACAGCACCCUGCUGCCUGGAAUAGCCUUCAAACUGCCUUUCACUCUAACAACCAGCGGAACCAGCGGCACCUACACUAUCACUGCCAGAAACGACAGAGACUAUCCUCUAAACUAUCCCUCAAAUGUGAAUGUGGUAUCUGGAGUCAGUGCUGAAAGCUCAGUGACUCUGACACCGCCUGCAAACACUGCCUCAGGAACUGAUAUCACUCUGACCAUCGCCGCUGAGGGGCCAGGAGGCGACUCCAACUAUGCUGUCGUCCGUCUUUCUGUGGUGGCAAAGGUGACGGAUUUCACUCCUCCAGUGUGUGAGAUUGUGGGAGUGAGUGGGAUCUGCCCGUCUGACUGCACCCAGUCUAACUGGGACAUGGCCGUCAACAUCACUGACGGCAAUGGCACGGGUAUACAAAGCAUUUCCAUCCAGGAGGGCAGAGGAAACUUCACUCAAAAAUCUUUGGUGGAAGGUGGUAUAACUGUAGUGAUGGGGAACUACAGCGCCUCCUGCUGUUCUCCUGAUGUAACGAUAUCCAUUGUGGAUAAGGAAGGAAAUGUGGGUAAAUGCUCUUACUCCGUUGAGAAGAGUGGAGGGGUCUCACUCAGCCUGUCUCUGUCCCUGUGGGCCUGUCUGCUGCUCUCUACCUUAAAUACACUGUGGGAUGUUUUACCCCUGUCAUGAGGAAGUCCUGAAUCGUGUAACCAAAGCUAAUUUUAAAAAGAAUGUUUUAGAGUAGAAGAAAAGUCUGAGUACCAGAGUGUUGAAGCACCAGCAUGAACAAAUAAAUAAGUCUUUACAAGCCCAGGCUAACAUAUAUUGAUAAUAUAUUGAUGCCACAGGAUAACAUAUUAAGACAACAAGAUCAUAUAUUGAAGCCAUAAUAUCAUAUGAUGAUGCACAAGACACUAUACUAAGGCCACAAGAUUAUGUAAUAAUACCACAACAUUAUACUUACUUUGUAUAUUUUGUAUGGAGGCCACUUUUAUAAGUGGUAUAAAUGGUAUACAUUCUGUAAAACUGGACAGGGAUUUGUUUGACCCACAAAGAUUAUUAUUUUUUUUUUUAUAAUUUCUUUAAUCUUUCUAUUUAAUUAGCAUUAACAGUGCACUUUUUUUGUUGGGUCAUGCAUUUGCAUUUUCAUUUGUACUGUAGCAAACUGUAUAGUUUAACAUGUCACUUUUUCUCUGACAACUGGUUUAAAUUUAAUGUGAAAUAAAACUGUGUUAAAGCCAAACAA